UGUGGUAGAAUAAUUAUCUUGAAUCUUAACUUGAAAAGUUCUGUUCUUUAAAAAAUCAGCGAUUAGAUGGAUGAUGGCAGGUGGGAAAUUAUAGUUCAUCAGCUUGAUGAUAAGACCGUGAUGCCAAACUUUAUCGAAGGCUUUCUCUACAUCCAUAAAAAUAGCAGCAACUACUUCCUUUUUAUUAAAAUUUUCGCCUAUGAAUUCUCUGAACUUUGAGAACUCGUGAUGGACGUCUGAGUGAAACAUGUAAUCCUUCUCUUCUCUUUUCUGUGUUAUAUAGUUUAGUUUAGUGAUUUGAUUGUAAAUUAAAUUUCUUAUUAUCUUAGAAGCCUCUCUUUUUGAGUGAGUAGUGCCUUUGAUGAAUGUAAUUAAUAAAAACAUUCCCGGAUAUGCCUUUGGAACGUGAAAGAAGAUCGACUAAAAGUGCAGAAAGACUUAGCAGGUGCAAAACAGGACAUGUCUGCUUUGUGUGUCUGUUUGUAAAUAUUAGAGGAUCUACGGAUCCGUUAAAAGAUGGACACAGUAAAUUCUGAAGAACAAAAGGAAGCCAACCAACUUAAAAAUUUGAAGCCUCGAAAGAAGAGAACUUCUGGGUUUGAACAAUGGGGUGGAUACAUGGCUGCCAAGAAAAUGAAAUUAGGUGCACAAUUCCAGGGUCAAAAGCCUUUAGAAUUGGAAGGUAAAGAAGAUGAAGAAACUCAAAUUUUUAAAGGCAUUUCUAUUUUUGUAAAUGGAUAUACAAAACCAUCAGCUGAAGAAUUGAAAAGGCUCAUGCUAAUUCAUGGUGGAACAUAUCACUAUUAUUGUUCUUCAAAAACUACUCACACAGUUGCAUCAAAUUUACCCAACAGCAAAAUAAAGAACCUUAAAAAUCAAAUAGUGGUAACUCCAGAAUGGAUUACAGACAGCAUCAAAGCGGGCAGACUCCUUCCUCAUCAGAAUUAUUUUUUGUACACACCUGAAGUUCUGAACAAUCAGCCAAGAAUCAAUGCUAAUUACUUUAAACCAAAUGCUAAACUUGGAGACUGCAGUAUUGAAAGUUCUGCUACUGAAAGUGGUGAUAUUUUUAAAGAAAAUUCUGCUUUAGAAGUAGAAGCAUCUUGCACUAAUCCGUGUGUUAUUUUGGAACCUAACAAGAACAAUGUAUUAAAUGAAAUAAUUCAGAAUGAUUUCUCAAGCAUUACAAAAAAUUGUAUUGCUACUGAGAACACUGAAAUCUCACCAUCUUUGAAAUCAUUAAACUAUAAUUCAGAUUUUCAGGCAGAUGACACAAAUAUUUCUACCCAGACUAAAACAGAAAGCCCUCUUUCAGCUGAAUUGCAGAAAAAUAACAGAUUGACCAUUAAAGCUGGACAUCCUGAGUUUUUAUCAGAAUUCUAUAGUCAUUCAAGAUUGCAUCACAUAUCUACUGCAGGCCAAGAUCUAAAGCGUUAUGUUCAGUACCUUAUUGAUAAUCAUAAAGGAAAAGAUUAUCCUGGCAGGAUAAAGUUAAAAAUGCUAUGUGGAAUCAAUGAUUCACCUUUAUCGGACAGUCCUGAACUUUUUAAGUCUGAGAACAUUAAUAAAAAUGAAGGCAGUGUUAUUAUGCAUUUAGAUAUGGACUGCUUUUUUGUCUCUGUUGGAUUAAGAAAACAUCCAGAGUUAAAAGGUUGCCCUGUUGCAGUUACUCAUUCUAAAGGAAAAAGAGGAGGUACUCAAGUUGGAAGUGAUAUUCAUUAUGAAACAGCUCAUUAUGCAAAUCAAGCAAAGAAAAAAAUUGGAGGAUUAACAUUUCCUGAAAAAGUUGAGACACAUAGUGAUACCAGUACUGAGAAACAAAAAAUUUCCAUAUCUUCCAAAGAAUAUGGAUCUCUUUCAGAAAUUGCAAGUUGUAGCUAUGAAGCUAGAAAAGCAGGUAUAAGAAAUGGUAUGUUUUUAGGAGAAGCUCUCAGACGUUGUCCAGAACUGAAGACUAUAGCAUAUGAUUUUGAAGGUUAUACUGAAGUUUCAAGACAGUUGUAUGAUAUUGUUUCAAGUUACACACUGGACAUUGAAGCAGUUAGUUGUGAUGAGUUAUAUAUUGAUUGUACCGAACUUUUAAUGGAUACUAAAGUAUCUCCCCUUCAAUUUGCCUCAAUUUUAAGAGCUGAAAUAAAUGAAAAAACUGAUUGUACUGCUUCUGCUGGUUUGGGCAGUAAUAUGUUAAUUGCACGUCUAGCUAACAAAUAUGCAAAACCUAAUGGUCAGCAUUAUGUAUGCAAUGAGGAAAUAGAAGAAUUUAUGAAAAAACAAAAAGUUCAAGAUUUACCAGGUGUUGGUUAUUCUACUUCUAUGAAAUUAGAACAUCUGGGUGUUAAAACUUGUGAUGACUUACAGAAAUGGUCUUUGUCAAAAUUACAACAGGAAUUUGGACCAAAAACUGGGCAGUCACUGUUUAGUCGUUGCAGAGGAAAGGACGAUAGAACUGUUCAACCUCAGAAAGAUCGCAAAUCUGUGUCAGCUGAAAUCAAUUAUGGCAUUAGAUUUGAAACAGAGGAAGAAGUAUAUAAUUUUAUCAAUGAACUAUCUGUUGAAGUUCACAACAGACUUCAAAAUAUAUCUUGCAAAGGCAAAUCACUUACACUCAAAAUUAUGGUUAGAAGAUCAGAUGCUCCUUUAGAAACAGCAAAAUUUAUGGGCCAUGGUGUUUGUGAUAAUGUUUCAAAGUCUGUGAUUUUGAAGACUGCAACAGAUAAUCCAAAAGUAAUAGGAAAUGAAUGCUGUCUGUUGGCACGAUCAUUAAAAAUAAAGCCACAAGAUUACAGAGGAUUGGGAAUUCAAAUGAGUAAACUAGAGACUUCACAAAAGGAAGAAAAAAACAAGAUAGGAAUUCAAAAUUUCCUUUCUUCAAAUUGUACUGCUUUACCUGAUGACAAAAAUGGAGAUUUAAAACAGGAAAUUUUUUCUCCAAAGAAGCUAGAUGUAGUUGAUAAAUCCACCCCACAUGAAGGUACUAUUAAGCAUUUUCUGACAAAUAAACCAUCUCCACAGAAGAAAUUGUCAUAUCAGCCAGUCAGUAUCACACCAGAUCAACUGGACAAAAGUGUUUUAGAUGCCUUGCCAGAUGAAAUCCGAAAAGAAGUACUAGAAGCUUGUGGAAUUUCGAUGCCUGUAGCAUCCUAUACAUUAUCUCAACCUACCAGUGCACAUAAUGUGAAAACCAAAGUAAAUAAACCAAAAAGAAAGAUGAAUCCUCACUCUAGUAGAAAAAAGUUAAAUCCUGGUGCAAGCAGCAGUCAAAACAAAAGUAACAGUACUAUAAAAACGUGUCUUGUGGAGAGUGCAGCUAGAAAAACUCAUCCUCAAAUAACAACAGCAAAAGAGACUAAGAAAGCUAAUCUGGGUGGAGCUGUAGAAAUUAAUGAAGUGAGAACUUUAAUCAAGGAAUGGAUCCAUAGCACUGAAGUACCCUUAGAAGAUGAUGUGAACACCUCAGAAAAUAUAUAUUAGAGCUGAUUGAUGAAAUUUAGAAAAUGGGAUCUUACUUUAAAAUACUUUUAUAGGUUAGCAUCUUCAGCUAAUAAAAUGUGGAAAGAAGCUUAUCUAACAGUCCUUUCAUAUGUGCAACAGAAAAUGCUUCAGAAGUAUGGCUCUAUGCUGAAUGCUAAUAGUGACUUUUCUAGCUGAUAUUUUAUUAUGUAAAUAAUGUAAAGUGUACAAAACCUAUAGUCUGUUUAACUGCAUUUUUACUUUUGUGUACCAUAUAAAUAUAUAAUGAAAAGUAAAGAUUUUAUUAACAUUUAA